GGCCGCUCGGUGCCCCCGGCCAUGGCGGCCCUGCGGUCGGACCCCGAGCUGGCCCGGCAGCUCUUCUUCGAGGGCGCGGCCGUGGUGGUGCUGGACGUGCCCGAGGGCACCGAGUUCGGCAUCGACUACAGCGCGUGGGCCGUGGGGCCGCGGUUCCGCGGCGUGAAGAUGGUGCCGCCGGGGCUGCACUUCGUGCACUGCAGCGCGGCCGGCGCCGGCGGGCGGGACGCGGGGCCGCGCUCCGGCCGCUUCCUCAGCCUGCGGCGCCGCGAGGUGCGGGUGCUGCGCUGGGACCCCGCGGGCGAGGCCGUGCGGCCCGAGCCGCCCGAGCAGGGCGAGGCGCUGCGGGACAGCCUGCGGGAGCUGGACCCCUUCCUGGGGCCCUACCCCUACGAGACGCUGAAGAAGUGGGUGUCGCUGAGCAGCUUCAUCAGCGAGGCGGCGGCCGAGGAGCUGCAGCCCGAGAGCGGCCAGAUCUGCGCCUUCGCCGAGGUGCUGCCCGAGGCGGCGGGGCGGCACACGCGGGACCGCGCCGGGCAGCGCCGGCCGCCGCCGGGCGCCGAGUGCCGCAGCUACGCCGAGGGCCUGGCCCGGCUGCCCCGCAUGCGGCCGCGGGCCGGCACCCAGAUCCGCUUCUCCGAGCUGCCCCGGCAGGCCUUCCCCGACGGGGCCACCCCCGAGGAGAUCACCCGGCACAGCAUGGACCUGAGCUACGCCCUGCAGCGGGUGAUGGAGCAGCGCUACCCCGGCCGGCCGCUGGGCCUGCUCGCUGAGUUGCAGUUUGCCUUCAUCUGCUUCCUGAUUGGGAACGUGUACGAUGCCUUUGAGCACUGGAAGAGGCUCCUGAACAUGCUGUGCCGCUCGGAGGAGGCCAUAGGGAAGUACCAAGACCUUUACAUCAACCUCAUUUCUGUGCUCUACCACCAGCUCAACGAGAUCCCAGCAGAUUUUUUUGUGGACAUUGUUUCCCAGGACAACUUUUUAACCAGCACCUUACAGGUGCUGUUCUCCUGCACGUGCAGCUCUGCUGUGGAUGAGGCUCUGAGAAACAAGGCUGAGAAGUUCAAGGCUCACCUGACAAAGAAAUUCAGAUGGGACUUUGAGGCAGAGCCUGAUGACUGUGCCCCUGUGGUGGUUGAGCUGCCUGAGGGUGUGCAGGUGGACUGAGCCAAAGGCCCCCUUAGGAGCAAACAGCUUCUAAAAUGACCCUUUCCUUCUCUUCUCCAACCCUACCAGCUUCUUAAAGGCUGUGUCUGGAGCUGAUCUUUCUGCUGGAGAAGCAGAUGUGGGAAACCCAGGAGGAUGCUGAGCUUUGUGAGGAGCCCAGAGGUGGUGGAGGAGUUUGAGUGUUGCCAUGUGGCAGCUUUGGACACGCUGGGGUUUUCCCAGCCCUUCUGCAGUAUCUCCUCCUAGAACACAGGCCACAAACAAAGUCACAGAAUCAUUAAAGUUCCUAAAGACCUUUUGA